GUCUGAUCUGAACUGAAGUAGUAUUUUGUUGUUGGACUUCUGUGCUAGUCAUGGCUUGGACAUAAAUUAAAUCUAAAAAAGUGUAACUUGGGACAGCGGUGUUUCUACUCCAGGGUCCAGUUUCUGGAGGAAAUCUGAGAUCAACAUGGAUGAUCCAUUUGAUUCAUAUCCAGAAGAAAUUAAAGAAUGUCAACAAGCUCUGAUGAACAAUGAUCCUGCUGCAGCAGCUGCAAAGAUUCAAGAAUAUUUAGAAAAGCAAGAUAAUAUUCCACUAAAUAUUGCCGUCAAAGGAGAAUGUGGCUCUGGUAAAUCCAUCUUUGUUAAUGCUGUUCGGGGCAUAGAUGAUGAGGACAAGAAAGCUGCUUCCACUGGUUGUGUAGAAACCACCAUGGAGGUCACUCCAUACCUCCAUCCAAAAUAUCCUAAUGUUAUCUUUUGGGAUCUUCCUGGAAUUGGCACCACCAACUUUCCAGCUGAUAAGUACCUGGAGCAUGUUGGAUUUGAGAAGUUUGACUUCUUCAUCAUCAUCUCAGCUGAUCGCUUCAGAGAAAAUGAUGUGAAAUUGGCUCGGGAGAUUCAGAAGAUGGAGAAAAAGUUCUACUUUGUUCGCUCAAAGAUUGACCAUAACAUCCAGGAUGAGGAAAGAAGUAAGAAGACCUCCUUCAAUGCAGAGAAGACUCUUAAAUAUAUAAGAGAAGACUGCAUUCAAGGUCUUCUAAAACUGGGUAUUGAGGCUCCACAGGUCUUCCUGGUGUCCAGCUUUGAGCUCCACCUGUAUGAUUUCUCUCGCCUCCAUGAGACCUUAGAGAGAGAACUUCCUGACCACAAGAAGAAUGUUCUACUGUUUGCCAUGCCCAACAUCAACCGUGAGAUCAUCAAGAAGAAGAAAGAAGCUUUUCAGGCCCAAAUAAAAUACUUUGCUGGUUUGUCUGCAAUAGUAGCAGGUGUUCCAGUUCCUGUGCUUUCUACUACUGUUGAUCUAGCCAUGAUGGUAAAUGUUAUCGCAGACUAUCUACUUGGAUUUGGCCUUGAUAAGUCGUCACUGCAGAGACUUGCUGGAACCACAGGUGUACCAUAUGAGGAUCUGCUUGUUGUCAUCAGAUCACCUUUGGCUUUGCAAAUAUUAGAUGAAGAUGUGCUACUGAAGGCAAUAUCCCACAUGUCAAGCACUCUUUUUUUAAUGGCAGCAGAAGAAGGGUCCAGAUUCAUUCCAGUGCUUGGAAUCCCAGCAGCAAUGAGUCUCUCUUUUACUGCAACCUACAGAACCCUGAGUUUUUUCCUCAAUGAACUUGCUGACGAUGCACAGAGAGUGUUUAAAAAGGCUCUGGGUUUGGAAACAGCAGUGUGAUAUCAUAAAGUAAAUGCUGAAGGGCAUUUGUCUUGUUGAUUUUUCAACAGGAGGCUGUAAUAGAUUCUAGAUAGAUUAGUACAGCAUCCCAAUCAUAGCCUUGCUGCAUAUUUGAACCAAUAUUCAUUUACAGUAGAUGUGUCAGACAGCUUCAGUGCAGAUCUCAUUUACUCUCUUCAUCAGUACAGAAACAAGAGUUACUGCUCACACCUUAAAGUAGUCAAACUUGUGUCUUUAUCAUUUUACUGUGGGGAGAGAUUUGAUCUCAUUAUUUGUGCAUAAACUGUGUACAAUGUAGACAAACGCUUGUGUAAAAAAAAUCAUUAUUUUGAUGCUUUUUGAAAUUGUGUGAUCAAAAAUGUCAAUGCUUUGAGCAAAUCAGGUGAAUGUUGGCUACUGAUGAAGCAUCUGUAUCUUGUUAUCUUGACUGACUGAAUAAAUUGCGAUGGUUUUUGA